GGAGCCAACUGAAGGUGCAAGGCGCCAAGCGACCGACAACCCCACGCGCAGCAGUAUAACUACCGACCUCCCAAGCAGCGCGGGGUUGGAUCGACAAGAGAACUCAAGGUUUCCAUUAGAAGAAAAAAAAAGUCGAAGACAAAUAGACAUGGCGCAUAACGGUAACAAUAGCAGCAAUGAGCCCGACAUGGCGUCGUGGCUCAAUGAGGCCGAGCCCGUUGUCUACCACGACGUGAAGGCCUGGAUCGCGCAGCAGGAAGCCAAUCCGAAACCGCUGACGACAAUGCAGCGGCGCGCUCUGGGCCAGCUGAGGCGCGCUAUCGCCGCCGACCUCAGGCGCUCGAUGGAGCCCGAGCCCGACCUCGGCAAGACGGACUGGGUCUCUGUGAUGAACUUGUUCACCCAGGCCCGUGGCGGCACUGUCGAGUACGAAGAAGGGGGCACUCCCGAAGGCGGUUUCACCGCCCGCUGCAUCUUAAAGUGGCCCGCCGAACCCGAGCCGAGGAUCUUCCCCGACCCGGCGGCCGGCGCCGCAGCCGCCCCGGCUUUCCCCCGCAAGAAGAGCGCCAAGAAGUACGCCGCCAAGUGCUGCGUCGAAUGGCUCACGGCCUGCGGCGAGAUCGAGGUUGUCGGGGAGCACGUCACCUUCUCGCAGCCCGAGCGCACCCGGCGGCCGGCCGUCGCCCCCGCUAAGAAGAGGAAACUCAUCACCAUCCCGACGACGACGACGACGGCGACGACAUCCUCCGCCGCACGGCCCUCCUCCACCCCCGCGGCGGCGCCCAACAAACCCCAAGAGGACCCCAAACCCAAGGUAAAAGUCGAAGAAGACGCCGGAGACGACCCCGCCGAGAAGAAAGGCGAAGCCGAAGCCGAAGAAGAAGAAGAGUACGACGACCCAACAACCCCCACGACAGCCCGCGUCGCCGCGCUCUGCGCACACCUCGGCCUGCGCGCGCCGCAGUACAAGCUCACGCGCAGCCUGGCCGCCGUCCCCGGCGCCCCCGCCUACGACGGCUACCCGGACUUUGGCCCGGACGGCUUCAAGGUGCCGGCCGGCCUGGGCCGGGUGACGGGCGUGCGCGGCGGGGUGAAGCUGGCGCGCCGCCGCAUCGCCGAGGAGGUCCUCGCUUGGCUGCAGCAGGAGGAGAAGCACAGGGGGGAGGAGCUGGCCAGGAUUCUGGGGGCGUUGGAGCAAGUGGCGGAAGGGGGUGUACGGGUGAGUGGAAUACCUUGAUGGGCAGUGGGCACGGCAAGGCCAUGGAGCGUUGCCUUCUCGCCGCUGCUCGGUUUCGACUUGGGGUUCUCCCUUCCCUUGGGAUUUUGCGGCGUGGCUUGGGCAGAUCUGCGAGAGGUUCCCGGCGGAAUAUGGCAUGGCAUUUGACAUGGAAAUUUUGAUUGAGCGUGGGCGCAUUUCCCGGUCGGAUGGGCAAUGGGAUUAUGAUGAGGCAAUGCUUCAGGUCUUUUAUUUGGACCGGCUUGAGCACUGCGAAGAACCAGCAGGUUUUAUAGGCCCGUCUUGGGAUUCGGGCGUUCAAGACAAGUAAUUGCCCGGACUCGUGGCACAGCGUAUCUUCUCAGGCUGGCGGUUCAGCCCAGAAUCAGGUCUCGCCCUUC